GCCUCCUGCAGCUUCCCCCUGGAGUGAGUGCAGAGGGGUGGCAUCCCUAGGAAGGACUAUCUCACGCCUGGCCUGCCCACUGUUCUCCUCGCAAGCUGCAGGCUGCUGCCCCAAGCAUAGAGAUGAAUCCGAGUUCUACCAAGCGAAAAUCAAAGAGAGUAACCUUUGAGCCAUCGACAUUACAAGCCUCUUGGAAGUCCCACUUACAGGGAUUGUGCCAAUUAGAAAGAGAAGCCUAUGCGUUCAUACUGGAAUUUCUAGAAGAAGAACAUAUGUCUGAGUUCGCCAAGCUGAAGUUCCUGAGUGCUGUGGAAACUUUGAGUAGUGCUGUGCGUGCCCAGGCAGAUGGCAAUAUGGACAAUUACUAUCCCAAAGCCAUCCUGGCCAAGAAAAUUGAGAUACUAAUUCUUGAAGAAUCCACUGAGAUUUUGAUGGGCAACAUGCGUCAACAAGCCAUGCUCUGCAUCGUGGCGCUGAGUCAGGUGAAUCCACCAUUCCGCUUGUCCCAGAAACUGGAUCUGGUAAAUGUGGGCGUCUCCAGCCUGUUCUCUCUGCCGCCCAUCAUGCCCAGCCUGUACCGAAGAGACAAUGCGAGUCUCUACCUCCAGACAGUCCAGGCCUUAGAUGACAUGUUGCAGGCUCUUGUGAUGGACGGUAUGAACCCCAACAUGCUCAUACUACAACACUUCCUGGAGAUCAUCUUACCUUGGUCAUCACUGUCAGACAAAGUGCACGAACAGAUGCGGGCCUUGGGCACUAUUUCCCGGCUGCUGAGGUUUAUUUGCAGUUUCCCAGAACUGUCACACAUGGAGGAAUUCUCAAUGAGUGGGAAACUGAUGAGCAUCUUCGGCCUCUUCUGCAUGGACUGCAACCACGAGAUCAGCAAAGAGGCAUCGGAGGCAUUGCAUUACCUGUUCAAAAUCCUUGUGCUUCAGAGAAGUGUGAAACAGAAGACAGAGACUAUCCUGAAGGAUUUGCAGAAGCAUUUCCAUGGAGCAUGGCUUGCCAGCCUGCAGGAUCUAACACUGUUCUUCAAGAAAUACCUGACCCCUGAGGAGAGAGCAGAUAUGAUCAUGGUGAGCAUGGAGGCCAUGACCAACACCAGCAGGCAUGACAUCUCUGCAGCUUCCAAGAUGUUAAAGAUGAUCCUGAAGUACACGAUUCCAGAGAUCGGGAAGGUGCCGGAAAUCAUCCAGUACAUUUACUACCACAUGAACAGCAUUACAGAAACCACAGCCCAAAAAACCAUUAAGAAGAUCCUGUAUUUGCUGUCCCAGUACUACACUGAUGAAGUUAUCCUGACACUAUUGAAAAUAGAAGAUCAGUCACAAAAGGGGGUUUGCAGGCCCUGGGAAAUCCUGGCAUCCUUCCCCAAAGGCUACGAAAUGAUCAUGGACUAUCUGCUCCAGAGGCUGACUCCACACCAGAGAUCAAAGGACCAGGAGCCCAGGCACAGAACAGAGAUCUCACCACUGAUUGCCACCAGAGCCAUCCAUGAGCUCCUGCUGGAACCCAGUCGGCGGAUGGAGGUGCAGUCCUUCUUCUCCUCCUUGUUCAUGGCCUUGCUGUUCCAGAUCUCCUUUUUGGUGGUUGAAGUGGACACUGAAAUAAGCCAGGAUCAGCAACACAUAGCUGAAUGUGUGGACCCUAUAAGUUCUACCGUGGAGGCCCUGAAGACCUUGAUGCGAAGUUCUGGGUAUGGGGACUAUGUGUCUUCUAUACAGAGACAUGGGGGCUGGUGGCUUCUUGUCAAUCCUGAAAGACACUAUGACGGAGUCACUGUGCUGGCCAGGUCCCUGGUCAUCAAUAACUGUUGGCACAACCGCCCCCUCUUCAGCUCCAUCAUCAGAUUCCUCCAGGACCCAGACUGCAAGAAUCACUUAACGGCCCUUGUGUUCCUGACAGAGCUGCUCCAGUGCCCAGAUGUGGCAGCCUUAGUGGAUGACUUCACCACCCACAUUCUGGCAAACUGGUUCAAGAGUGAGGAGCCAGCCAUUGUGAAGCCAUUGCUGCAGAUGCUAGAGGUCUUUGCGAAGCAUGAAAACAUGGUGAGGCGGCUCCGAAUCCUCCAGCCGUAUGUGCUGAACUACUGCUACUCCUCGAACAGCGACAUAGUACUGGAGACUUUGCUGGUGCUGAAGAAUCUCCUGAGCCACCUCACCUGGCGGCACUCCUCCUCCUUCCUGAUCCAGCUCACCUUCACGCUGGUGCCCUUCUUUGAGGAGGUGUCAGAGCAUCUGCGGUUGGCAGCCUUUGAGAUCUAUGAGAGUCUCUUGGCCAAGGUCAAGAAGAGAGGCCUUGUCUUCCCCUUGAAGCACCAGAUCCUCAACUUGCUAGUCCCCCUGGUGCUCCACCUGAGGGACGUAAAUACCGACGUGGCUCUGAUCUGCCGGUCUGCCCUCUGCCACACAGCUGCCAUGCUGGGCUGGUCAAAGCUGAAAGCAGUAUUUGCAGAGAAAGAUGUGUGGAACAUUCUUGGAGCCCUGCUGGAGCAGGAGACAAACAAAGCCCUCUGGUUCCUGAAGCAGUGUGUGGCUCUCUUCAAGAGCCCACAGGUUCCCAUCCGCUGGGCAGCUGUGUGGUUUGCAGGCCAGAUUAUCCAAACCCUAGACUUGGAAGAGAUUGAUGAAAUUGAGGAGGCGUACACAGCCCUAAGGCACAUGCAGAGAGACUCUGAUCCCAUGGUCAGCUGCCUCACCACGCAGACUGUCUAUAUCCUGGAAGCCAAGAAGAAGCUGCUACUGGCCAAGGCCCCGACCUCCUGCUUCUGCAGGAGGAGGCCCCAAAGGCACUACUUCUGAACUUUCAUCCUUGAGUCUCAGAUGUAGGCCUGACCAUCAGACCCUGUGACAAUGGGGCCAGAUUCCUGGGUCCUGCGCUAGAAAUGGAGGCAUAUCCCUGCAGAAUCUUUGUAAUAAAAGGAAAAAGCAUGCACCUUUGUGAAAAUA